GACUAGAACACAACGACGUACCAUGUCCAUCACGGGAAUGCUCGGUGAGAACUUGCAUGCUCCAUGACCUCUCCUCGUACAAGGAUACGUGCACAUCAUGCAUCUCUAGACACGUGGCGCCAUGCAUCGUCGUUGGAAGAGUACCAGAGGGAGAUGCGGUCCAAUCGACGCAUCAGCCUCACCGACAACAUUUCGCCGCCGACGAUCGGCCGCCGCGUGUGGAACAUGUGCAAGUCGUUGCCGCACUCGCCGAUCACGUGGACAUUCCUCAUUACGCUUGGUUGUUUAUCUGCCUUACUCGGGUCGCUGAUGGACUAUUGGAUUGUCAUGAUCGUGUCGCUUCGGCAACGUAUGGUAACGCAUCUGGGCGACGACUCCUUGGGCUCGUACCUCGUCUGGAUCGCUUGGACGGUGCUCUGCGGGGUCCUCGCGACUUCGUGUGGGUACUUCAUCUCGACCAACUCGGACGGGUCUGGCAUCCCGCAGAUGAAGGCGCUGCUGGCAGGUCAACUGAACGCAUCGAACGUCUUGUCGUACGCGGCGCUGGUGGCGCGGUGCGUCGGCACUGUGCUGUCCAAUGCGUCGGGGCUGUCUGUGGGGAAGGAAGGGCCGUUCCUGCACAUGAUCUCCAUCAUGGCCGACAAACUGAGCGGCCUCUCGGUGUUUCGCCCCACCGCAGACAACUUUACGUACAUUCGAGCAGGCGUCGCGUGUGGGGUCACGGCUGUAUUUGGAUCGCCCCUUGGAGGUGUAUUGUUUAGUAUUGAAGUCACAUCCCAAUACUAUGCGAUCAAAAACCUGUGGCAAAGCGUGAUCAGCUCGUCUGUGUGUGUGUUGACAUUCCAGAUCAUUUCCGUACUCAAGAACGACGUGCUGUUCACCAACACCAAGUUUGCCGACUUUGAAUUGGGCUGGGAAUUGCUUGGGUUUUUGCUGCUUGGGGUUCUCUGUGGGAUUCUCGCGGCGACGUUUGUCCGUAGCGUCCAAGUGCUGGAACGCCUCCAAACGUCCAUCUUUGGGAAACUCGUCGCGACUCGAGCCUUGUGGCAGCGUCGGUACCUCCACGUCAUCCUAGCCUGCUUUGUAACUGGCAUAUUAACGUUCCCAUUUCACCUGCUUCGAUGGACUGACCGCCAACUGAUCAACGACAUGUUCAAAGACAUUCCACUGGCCAACUUGCCAUCCAUUGCCCAGGCUUCUGCUUCGCUAUUCCCUCCCCACUUGUACCUGCUCACGUACCUCGCUCUAAAGUUUGCUGUCACUUUACUCCCGUGCGGCGGUCUGCCUCUGUCUUGUGGCAUCUUCACGCCGCUCUUUACAUUUGGCGCCGUCGUGGGCCGUCUCUAUGGCGAGGUGCUGCGGGUGCUGGUGUACACGGGCGUGUCCCCCGCUGCCUACGCGGUCGUGGGGGCCGCCUGCUUUGCCUCUGCCGCCACACACACCGUGUCCACGGCUGUGAUUGUGUUUGAGCUCACAGGCCAGCUUAGCCACAUGCUGCCCGUAAUGUUAUCCGUCCUGGUGGCAUACUCGAUUGGGGGUAUGAGCUCGCCGAGCAUCUAUGACGUAUUUGCCAAGAUGGCGGGGCUCAAUUUUGUCUGCGCCGACAUCUCUGCGUCGCCCGUGUUGGCGCACAAGAUGGCGCAUGAAGUUAUGCGGCCAAUUCCUAUCACCCUGUCGCUGCACUCGACCUACGCUGACGCCGUCGCUGUGUUGCAGUCGGUCGAAGCGACCAAGCAUGCGCUGUACAUUCCCAUCUGCGACGACCACCGGACGCUCUUGGGUGCCGUGCGCCGUGUGGAUUUGCUGCUGGUGCUGUCGCGAUUGUCCGAACGACGCCGCGCCAACCAAGGGGGCGACGCACGGGAUAAAUCAAAGAGUCACUUGAAGCACUACCCGGCUUUGUCCAUGCUAUCGUUGGCUUCUCGCAGUGGGCCAGACGAUGCCGCCGACUUGCUCUUGCAUGAUAAAGACUUGUGCAACCAGACUAUCCUAUUUGGUCCGCCAUACGAUGUGUUGUCGUACACAGCGUUGCCUAUCAGCACGUACCCGCCCCAGGUGGGGUACUUUGUGCCACUGGCCAAUGUGUACGUGCUGUCGUGUGUGUACAUGUGGGCCCAAGUGUUUGUGGUUAAAGAAGGCAAACUCGUGGGGCUCCUCUGCAUGGACGCCACGCUCAACACCCUCCACGGCGACGACCAGCUUCCCACUUAACGCUACCAUGAGAUAUCUACACAACUUUAAGCCCCAAACAUAUGAAUACAGGU